GUGGGUUUGUGUUGUUGUCCCAGAGAUGGGUGUCUCUGCUGGAUUCCAGGACAGGAAGACAACUUCCUGAGCUGCGGCGGCAGCCUCAGUCCAUCCACACGGGCUUUGUUUGUCAGUGCAUCAUGGACAGGACAACCGUGGUGCCGACCUGCAGAGGACCCCAGCUGCCGCCGCCCAACACCUCCACCUCCACCUUGGCCUUCAACCAGCAUUUCACCACGACGGCCGCAGGAAAGCUUCACCUGGCUGAAAUUGUGUGUGGUAUGAUGGUGUGGAUUCUGGUUGGGGGUACCGAUUAUUUCCGUCUGUCUGCUCUCUGCUGGGUCAUGUUUGUUUCCAUCCUGGUCUGGAUUUUCACAGUGUGCCUGUUUAUCAUUUUUCUCACCGGAGCCCACAACAGGAUAACACACAUCCCCUGGACUUUACUGUCUCUGUGUUUUAACUGCAGCGCUGCUUUGUUGUACCUGCUGACAGCCGUGGUCGAUGCGCUCACUGUUAACUGGGCUGUCAGAGGGCGACACAACUACAACUGUUGGGCAGCAUCAGCUUUUUUUGCCUCUCUGACCACCCUGUGCUACUCAGGAAGCAGCUUCCUGAGCUACAGAGUCUGGAGAAGCUCGGAGGAUUUGCACUAGAGCCACUGCCUCGUCAGUCACUUCUUUAUGAGUCAAACGGAGAGGAAACACAGAUGAAGCUGUAAUGAAAGUUUUGUUCACAUUAAUAAAAUCAGCUGAUAAAUCAACUGGAUCAAGAGAAAAGAAAAUUGUUCUCUGUUUGUUGUUUUUGUUUUGUAUGUUUGUUUGUUUUUUCUUUGUAUUUGUAC